AUGAGCUCAGAAGAGAGUAAAGAAGUAACAGUAGAAAAGAAAGAAGAAGAAGAAGCCACUACUAGUAGUAGUAGUAGUAACAAGAAAGCCAAGAUGAGUGUCCCUGAAGCCGCCGACAAAGAUUGGCCCGAAGCGUGGAUGUUGCCUACAGAAGUGUCGGAUCAGUGUGCGACCAACAAGCAGUCUCCCAAUGUGCCGGUUGAUGUGGCUGCGUUGCGCAAGCUCGGCAUUAGCUACUGGAAAAUGGACGCCGAGAAGUUUAGCUAUCCCGUCAAGGAGGUGCCCUGGGAUCCCAAGGACGCACAGGACCCCAAGCUAAAGGCGCUCAGGGACGACCGUGGAUACUCUUACGCCGAUAUCAUCACGGUUCAUCCCGAUCACUUGCCUGGAUUCGAUGACAAAAUCAAGGCGUUCUUUGAAGAACACAUUCACGACGCCGAGGAAAUUCGCUACAUUUUGGGAGGAAGUGGAUACUUUGAUGUCCGCAAUACACAAGACGAAUGGAUCCGUAUUCACGUCAAAAAGGGAGAUCUCAUGACUCUUCCAGAGGGAAUCUACCAUCGUUUCACCUGCGAUUGCGAAAAACUCUGUCAUGCCAUGAGGCUCUUCAAGGGACAGCCCGUUUGGACUCCGUUCAAUCGUCCCGAGUGUGAUGAACACCCUUCUCGCAAAAAGUACGUUACCGAUUUCAUGGCGACUGCCGAAGAAAAGAAAGAGUAA